GAAACCUUUCCGCACGCCAUCGUGUACAUUUUCGAGGCGUUGCUUCCCGUGAUCAAAAGUCUGCAAGCGACGAAAGACCUGCUGUUUAAAAACGAGCACCUUCCUGUUUCUGUUUUGCUGGCAGACACGCUGAACAGAGAGCCAGAACACAUAAUAAGCAAAGAUCGGGAAGAACUUGUAAGGAAAUUCUGGGAGGCGCUUGUUCGAAGGGCUGUUGCCAUCCGAGAAGACAUGCAGCGCUACAUCCCGGAGGAUUUCAGUUUCUUUCCCGAGCAGCAACAAUAGCUGAUAAGCCAAUGGUGUUUCCAGACCCCGGUUACGGGUUUCAACUUAGGGUGCUGUGAUCUGAAUCUAAUCAAGAAGUAUUUUGUGACCUGCCUUGCUCCGGAAGGUGAUGUAAAGGUGGUGAACAAACAAAACAAGGUCAUGCACAUGUCCAUACCGAUUUUCAAGUUUCUGGACAUCUAUAACUAUGUCAGCCCAGAUGCAAGUUACCACAAAUGGGUGAAAACGUACAGGGCCAAAUUAUCGAAAUCAUGGCUGCAGUUUGAGUGAUUUGACUCUGUCGACAAGUGGGCCUUUCCAGGCCUUCCGCCGUUUCCUCGUUGGUUUUCAAAACGGAAUAACGAGUCCGUAUUGUCCUUUGAAGAGUAUGAGGACUGUCAGCGAUUGUUUGGGGAAAAUGGAGAUGAAGAGGUUUUCCGCUUGGCUGGAACGUUACAACAACGGGGAUGUCGAGCCCUUUCUGGACUCCCUGGAGUCCAUGCGAGUCUUCUA